UUGAACUUUUCGUUAGUGUAAAUGUACCUUUAGGUCCAUGAGGUUUUUAAAUGUAAACAUCCCUUUAUUAAAUUAAGCGGUAAACAAUGGACUCAGAAGUCAGAAGAAAACAAUAAACAAGAUGAUUAUACCUCUGAAAAGGAGUAAUAAUGAUGUGACAGAAUGGGCAAUUGUUGAACUUCAUGGAGAUUUAAAAGUGUCAGUAGAUGCUAACGAUGUCAAAUUGCACAUUGGAGAUCUUUCUUAUGAUAAAAAUGGCAUUGCUACCUUAAUUAUUGGAAAUUAUAUUUUAACUGGAAAAGAAACUUCAAUUGACAAACCUAUUGCAAUAUUGGAAAAAAAAGUGAACACUAACUCAUCAGACAAUAUAGAUUGUGACAGAGAAUAUUUAAUUAUUGCCAUUGUAAAAAAGAAACUUAUUUUCAAAGUAAGACCUAAACCAAUUACUGUUAUUGUUCAAAAAUAAAAUAAUUAAUCAUGUGUAUUAUAAAAACAAUGUUAUUGCAUAAAUUAAAUUUGUACAGUUCUUGUAUCUAUAUAUUUAGAUCUUUUUGUAUUGCUAUUUAAAUAAAUAUCAUAUAAAUAGAAAAA